AUGGCCACGGGAGCCUCCGGGGCAAAUGGUCUCAGUCACAUUGAGGAAGUAAUCAGCCUGGUGUUCAACUACACUGGGUUACUCAGACGUAGUGGAGUGAUCGCCUGGGUCCACGAAGAACUUCAGAAAAUAGGAGAAAUCCAAUUCCGCUUCAUGGAGAAAGACGAUCCAAUACAUGCUGCAGAAACACUUUCCUCUGCUCUGCAACGUAUUCCUUUCCAAGAUGUCCUUUCGUGGAAGGUUCUGACGGAGUGUAAACCUGGUACUGCACAGAUUCCAUCUUUGAAUGCACUUUGCAAGCGAAUCUUGCACCUGAAGUUAGGAUGUGAACUGAACGAAAAUCUCUAA